AUGAGGUACCGACGAUACCGAGCCAUCCUGGCGACAAACAGCCCGUUGCCGAAGAUUAUCCUCGGAAUACUGUGCGGGUUUUUCGGUUCCAUGUGGCUACGAAACGAACGUUUCCCAACAAUUCGUGAUUUCAAAUCAUGCCAGGAAAAGCCUUCCCGGCGGUUGGGUGAAAAUUUCCUGUACGUUGGAGUGAUGACGGCAAAGAAAUACAUCUCUACGCGCGUCGUAGCAGUGAAUAACACAUGGGCCCGCACUAUACCCGGUAGAGUAACUUUUUUCUCGAGCUUUGAUUCCAAUUCCUCUGACCGCACUUUACCCCUCGUGAGUUUGCCUGGAGUUGAUGACACUUACCCACCGCAGAAAAAAGCAUUUUUGAUGUUGAAGUAUAUGCACGAUAAAUAUAUAAAUGACUUUGAAUGGUUUAUGCGUACUGACGACGAUGUCUAUAUAAAAGGAGACAGAAUAGAGCAGUUUUUACGCCCAAUUAAUAGCUCCAGAGCGCUCUACAUUGGACAGGCCGGACAGGGUAGCAAGGACGAGUUCGGCAGAUUAUACUUGGACCCUGGUGAUAACUACUGUAUGGGUGGAACGGGAAUGAUUUUUAGUCGCGAAACACUAAAACGAAUGGUGCCAAAUAUAAGCGCAUGUCUGAAGAAUCUAUAUACGACACAUGAAGACGUGGAGGUCGGGAGGUGUGUUAGAAAGUAUGCCAACAUAAACUGCACGUGGUCGUACGAGAUGAGUCAACUACUUUACCAGAAUUAUUCUUCCAACGACGCAUUCAAGGGAAAUAUCCGCAUGCCUGAGGUACACAGAGCAAUCGCCCUCCAUCCGAUCAAGACAACACAUAACUUGUACAGAAUGCAUAGGUACCUGGAAGAAAAGAAAAUUUCUGAACUUAACCAGAAAACAGCCAGGUUAAAAAGAAAUAUUCGCAACAUGGACUUGCUAUUAAAGGAAAAGUCACCGAGGGUAAAUUGUUCAUACACCCAUUGUUUUUUCCCAGAUAGCCAUGAGCAAUCAAUUCCAUGGGAGUUUUUUUCUUCUAAGGUGUACUCACCGUGGAAAAGAAUGUUUUCUAAAUACAGGAUUCGCGAAGCGUACAAAUCGUCUAUGUCCAACAUGUUAUCGGCGUACGUCGAAUUACUGAACAACGGUUUCUUUUUGAAUGAAAAUAGUUUUCAGAGAUUAUUGUAUGGUUACCGAACAGUCGUUCCUGGUUUCGGAGUCUCGUUUAUUCUAGACGGACUGUUCAAUCAUAAAUCGAGAAUCCACGCACAGUGGCAAAAUAAAGAAGAAAGGCGACAUUUUCAUCUACACCAAGCGUUUGGUAAUGUCGAAUUUACCGAAGUCUCGCUAAAUGGUAUGGACGGUGGCGUAAAAGAUAGCGAUUCAUCGAAUCAGCUACAUACGGCUAAAACAGUGAAUUUCAUUGUACCACUGUCUGGAAGAAUUGAAACAUUUAAGACGUUCAUGGACAACUUUGAGCACGGCUGUCUCAAGUAUGACCACAACAUAGCAUUGGCAGUGGUAGUGUUUAACGAUGACAAAACUAAUAGCUCAAAAGAACCUAUUUUGGUGCUUGAGCGAUACCAACAAAAAUAUCCAAAUGUUGAUAUUCGUGUAGUCCUUUCUAAAGGGACAUUCUCGCGAGGCCGUGCUUUAGAGCUUGGGGUGGCCCAAUACCCGGAUGACGCUCUUCUUUUCUUUCUUGACGUUGAUUUACAGAUUUCAUCAGGACUAGUCAGGCGUUGUCGAAGAAAUGCAGUGCGAUCACGUCAGGUAUAUUACCCGGGAAUGUUUAGUCUGUUUGACCCAAAUGUUGUUUACUUCAACAAAAGUAGCACGCAAAAAUCAAAAACUAUCCAAAUUGCAAAAGAAACGGGAUUUUUUAGAGACUUUUCCUACGGUAUGGUAUGUACAUAUAAAAGUGACUACAGAAAUGUGGGCGGGUUUGAUCUGGAUAUCAAAGGAUGGGGCAAUGAAGACUUGGAUCUGUAUGAGAAGUUUGUACGUAGCAACUUGACAGUGUUCCGAGUACUUGAUAUUGAACUAAUUCACACAUAUCAUCCUAAGUAUUGUGAUUCUAAUCUAUCCACUACGCAAUACAACAUGUGCCUCGGGUCAAAAAAUAUGAUAGUUGCCAAUACCGAACAACUGCAGCGACUGAGCGCAGUGGACAAGUUCAGAUACCCUGGUAGCACACUUUCUAGAAAUUUGGUCAUUGACGACGAAGUCAACGCCAGACUCGCUAAAGCGAGUGCCGCCUUCGACAGGCUACACAAGCAUGUUUGGAACAGGAGAGGGAUCACCACGGAGACAAAGAUCAAGGUGUAUCGAGCUGUUGUUCUCACUAUGUUGCUCUACAGCUGUGAAGCCUGGACAGUCUAUCAGCGUCAUGCCAGGAAGAUGAACCACUUUCACACCACCCACCUCCCCACCUCAGAAAACUUCUUGGCAUAA